UCGUGGCGCCGGCGGCUUCCUCCUGCCGUGGCCUGUGGGGUCCCCCCUCCGAAGGCGCCCCCGACGGUCGCGGGGUUGGGGAGGGCCCGGCGCCCCCUCCUCUCCGAGGGGCGCCGCCUGCCCGCCCCUCCCCCCGUGGCUGGGAGGGGGGCCAGGAGGGGGCGGGGGGCGUCCAGGGGCCGCGGGGGGGGGGUCGGAGAAGCGGCCCUCCCUCUUGCUGUGGGGCCGCCGGAGCGUCUCGUGAGCCUGACUUUGGGGGGCCAGGAAUGCGCUCGGGGUGGGGGGGGGGCAGGCGCGGGAGGGAGGGAAGGUGCUCCCGUCCCGAGAGCGUGACGUGGGCCGAGCGUCCCCCCUGGGCCGGCCGGUUCUGCCAGGUGUGUCACAGUGGACUGACUGACGUGGGAAAAUGGUGAAGGAAACCGGCUACUAUGACCUGCUGGGGGUCAAGCCGUGUGCCACGAUAGAAGAAAUCAAGCGGGCCUAUCGGCGGCUGGCCCUGAGGUACCAUCCCGACAAGAACCCCACUGAGGGGGAGCGAUUCAAGCAGAUUUCUCAAGCCUACGAGGUGCUGUCCGAUCCCCAGAAGAGGUCGCUCUAUGACCGCGGUGGGGAACGGGCCAUGAAGGAAGGAGGCGUUGGGGGGAGAGGCGGGUUUGGGACCCCGAUGGAUAUCUUCGACCUGUUCUUCGGAGGAGGGGUCCGAAUGCACGGGCCUCGGGUGGAGAGGAGAGGAAAGACCACCGUGCAUCAGCUGCCUGUCACCUUGGAGGACUUGUACAGCGGGGCCACUCGGAAGCUCUCCCUGCAGAAGAACAUCAUCUGUCGGACCUGUGCAGGCCGCGGAGGAAGGGAAGGCUUUGACGCGCGGUGCUCCAAGUGCCACGGCUCUGGCGUGGAGGUCAUUGUUCACCAGCUGGCGCCGAACGUGGUGCACCACAUCCAGACGGUGUGUUCCCAGUGCCAGGGCCACGGGGAGUGGAUGCGGCCGCUGGAUCGCUGCCUGACCUGCAACGGCAGGAAGGUCGUUCGGGAGAAGAAGGUCCUCAGCGUUCACCUGGACAAAGGCAUGGCAGACAGGCAGAAGAUCACUUUCCACCAGGAGGGAGAUCAGGCGCCCGGCCUGGAGCCGGGAGACGUGGUCAUCGUCCUGGACCAGAAGGAGCACCCCCUCUUCCAGCGCCGGGGCAAUGAUCUCAUCAUCAAGAAGGAGAUUGACCUGGUGGACGCCCUCUGCGGCUGCAAGACGGUCAUCCAGACCCUGGACCACAGGAGGCUGCUGGUCACCUCCCGACAAGGAACCAUUAUCAAGCCCGGCGACCUCAAGUGCAUUCCUAACGAGGGGAUGCCCAUUUAUCGGAGCCCCCUCCAGAAGGGGAAACUCAUCAUCCAAUUCCAGGUGAAGUUCCCAGACCCCGGCUGGCUCCCCACCCACCAGCUCCGCCACUUCCAAGCUUUCUUCCCGCACCGCGAGGAGGUCGUUGCCACGGAGGAUGCGGAAGAGGUCGGACUGUGGGAGUACUUCCCCCACCUGGAGCGCGAGAGGGGCUUCAACGGGGAGGCCCAUCACGAAGGCAAUUUCGAGCCCCCCCUGAGGCACAGCGCCCAGUGCCAGACGUCGUAGCCCUCAGACUGAGCCCCCGCCUGCCGUUGGAGGGCGGGAGAUAGAUCGGCGGCCCGUCAGCCAUCUCCAGCGGGAUGUCCCUCGGGGUCCCGCCAGAGCGAGGGCGGGGUCCGCCGUCUGUCCUCUGCUGCCGUUCGCCACCAUUCCAGCCCAGUCCUGCCCCCCUCCCACCGACCCUGCAAGGCCCGCCCAGUGGAUGAAGACUGUGGACCCCUGAGUCUCUGGCGCUGGAGGCGGGAGGGCCCGGCCUGAAGUGCCUUCGCGCGGCUUGAAGGGCAGCCCAGCAGGAGGCGGGGAGAGGCAGGCUGGGCCUCCCUCCGGAAGUCCCGCGGUGCCCGUUUGCUGCUCCAAGUCUGGCGCCGUGACUGUUGUCUUUGGCUCUUUUGCAUUCUUCCUGGAGGGGGGAGGGGGCUGGAAUUGCUUCUAAGGUAAAGUCAAGUCCCGGCUGACUUGGGGCAUCCCCACGAAGUCCCGCCUGGAGGGGCUUCAAGGCAGGAGGGGCUGUUCCCUGCCCCGUCCUAGGCAGGACCUCCAAAAUGUGGGCCUGUCCCCAGCUGUGUAUUUCUGAAGUCUUAACGUGGGCCUGUGUUCGUGGGAGACGGAGUGGCAACUUCUACUAGUGGCUCCCCUUCCAACUAGUACAGUCUGCUGAAAUUUCAAUGCAAGAAUGGGGAGGGUUCUGUGUUUGGUGCCCCCCUUGCGGAAACGUGGCCUGUCCCUGGGGAAGAGGACUCGGCCUGGCUAACCCACUUGUGCCUUGUGCCUCUCGUCCGGCUUUUGGCCCUCGCUGGGCAGUUUCUGGGCAGGAUUUGCCCCUGCUGGGCUACACGUAAGUGAAAGGAGGGGAUUGAGGCCGGGGGGGGGAGUGGGGGUCACCAGGAGGGGCGUCUUUGCCUCUUCCUGGCCUUUCCUUGGGCUUUGAGCUCUUUAGCUUGUUGUCUCUGCCGUGACGAUGGAGCCGUGAGUCCUGGCUCCUUCGGUCUUAUUCCCCAACCUGGUGUGAACGCUCUGGAGUAUUUCUGAAGGUCCUCUGGGGCAGCCGGUGGCAGGGCAGGGCCCCCUUCUGCACUCAAGAGCCUCCUGGGUUUGGGGCUUGGGGUCCUGACCUCCUGGCAAGAGUAGGCUCUUCCUGGGUCCUUGUGUGGGUUUUAUGGCCCUAUGGUGUUUGGGAGGGAGGGGGGUCGCUGCAGCUCUGCCUUCACAGCUGGCAAAUGGAGGUUGGGAAGAGUGACUUGUGAAGGCAUCCCGAGAAGAUGUUGCCAGAUGUUGCCGGAGGAAGGGCGCACUUUAGGGAAAUGGGUGCUUCCAGCCACAGUCCUGGGAGGAGGGGCCCCCGAGCCCUGUGAGAGGCCGGCACCUCCCCUUCCAGCCUCCCAAGGUCCCUCUUUGGUCUUCAGAUGAAACCUGAAACACCACCAGAGCUGCUGUCUUUCAUUCUCAACCCUGCAAGGUAGUUUCCUGUAGCUGGCAUUGGGUGGGGGCUUCCGGGUGCUAUAUAAACCAAGCUACUUUUCAUUAGUAAAGGGGGGUAGCUGACUGUGACAGUAGAAAUCUACAGGCGCAUUAAGCAAUAGUUACAGAAAUAUAUCAUAGAGUUGGAAGGGGCCAUCCAGGCCAUGUAGUCCCACCCCCUGCUCAACACAGCAUCAGCCUCUAGCGCACAGGUGUCAAACUCACAGCCCUA